AUGGAUGGCAGAAGGUUGGUGGAGACAGCAACACCGACAGUGGCUGACAAGUCAUACGCAGCUGCUGCCAAAGUCGCCACUAAAAGUGUUGUAGUCAACACAGACCUAACCUGGCACUGUGACGAAGACAAGUACAAAACACUGUCGGACAUUGAGAAGGCACAAAAACAAGUGAACAAAGCAGCACAAAAAGAAAAAGUUACUCCCCAGCACAAGGAAAUUGAAACCCAAGUGUCACUGAAUUCUAAGAAUCCCCCAAAUAGGUCGAGCACUAGUCUCCCUAAGACAGGCAGUGACACAAAGAAAUCUAAAGAAACGCUGGCUGAGGUUUACUCAAUGGCAUCGAAUAACACUGGAUAUUCAUUGAACUCAACUCAGCCAAUCAAUGAACUAGAAACCUACAUCGAGUACCAAAUUUCAUUAAAAAUACACCUCUACUACCUUCCGGUAAUAGCUUCAAUCGGACUUCCGGGGAACGUCAUUUCCUUUGUCGUUCUAGCAUUUUUCUCCUUUCGAAAGAAAACCACCUCGAUCUAUCUGGCGGUUAUUUCCGUUCUGGACUCUUUCAUACUUUGUAUAAGCAUUGUCUGGCACGUGAACAGAAAGAUGCCCGAAGAGCAGAUCUUUAACACUGCAUCGUGCAAAGUAGUCCACUUUCUGUUCUUCUUCUCCAUCCACUACAACGUCCUCCUGGUGGUGGCUGUGACAGUGGAGAGGUUCAUUGUGGUUGUGUUCCCGCUGAAGGCGCAGUUAUGGAUCUCCACGAGGAGAACUGUGGUCGCGAUCGUCUGCUGCGGUCUCUUCUCAUUUGGUCUAAACUUCCAUCACUUCUUCACGAAGACUGCGCGCAUCUCAAAGAGCACAGGUGCAACUUAUUGUGGAAGUGUUCGCGGAGAAACGACCCGGUUCUUCUUAAACAAAGUGUAUCCAUGGAUGGAUUCCAUGAUCUACUGCGUCAUACCUCUGUCGUCACUGUUUGUUCUAAACACGGUAAUGAUACACCACAUGAGAAAGCACAUCCGCCGACGUCAGAGCAUGAGGACCGUAACGGCAACCGACUACCAGUCUAGCCAGAGACAGAUGACAGUCAUGCUUCUAUUGGUCUCCUGCUUCUUCCUUCUGUUUACCGGACCAAUGGGAAUCUUCCUUAUUGUUGACAAAUACGUCUGGAUCUCCAGAACAGCCAAAGAGAAGGCGGUAUCGCGGUUACUUCACAGCAUCAUCGACAACAUGGUGUUUACGAACCACGCCGUAAACUUCAUCUUCUACUGUUUCAGUGGGGAGAGAUUUCGCACGGAACUCAAGAGGAUGGAGGAGCUCCCCUUCACUGUCUACCCAAAGUUAUUAUCACUCCACGAAAAGAAUGGUGCUAAGAUGGGUAACCAGUGUCAAAGUGACAAUGCUUGUCGGCGAUUCAUCAAGUACCUCUACGAAGAUGUCACGGCUACAACCAUUGAAUAG